CUUUCUAUGCCACGUACGGGUCGACGUAGACAACCUGACAGACUUCCGGAUGUGCAGUAGCGGCUCCGUGUUUCAAUUUCGGGUGCGAGGGUUUCGCUGAGUCGGUCCUGCUUUCAUAGCCGAAAUUACUGCGGGGUCGAGUCCACUGAAGUGUCAGUAUGAAUGGGCAGCUGGACCUGAGUGGGAAGCUGAUCAUCAAGGCUCAGCUGGGCGAUGACAUCAGGCGGAUCCCCAUCCACAACGAGGACAUCACCUACGAUGAGCUGCUGCUCAUGAUGCAGCGCGUCUUCCGCGGCCAGCUGCACAGCAACGACGAGGUCACCAUCAAGUACAAGGACGAAGAUGAUGAUCUCAUCACCAUAUUCGACAGUUCCGAUCUCUCCUUUGCCAUCCAGUGCAGCAGAAUACUCAAACUCACUCUGUUUGUGAAUGGGCAGCCGCGGCCGUUGGACUCCUGUCAGGUGAAGUACCUGCGCAAGGAGCUGAUUGGCCUGAGGAAUAAAGUCAACAGCCUAUUGGACAGCCUGGAACCGCCCACAGAGCCACCUGCAGAGAUCCCAGUCCCUGAGAACGAGUGCUUGGGUGAUAAGGUGUGUGUGGAGCCGGUGAAGGCCCCGGUGAGUGCUGCCAGCAUGUCUGCUUUCGAUCCGCUCAAGAACCAGGACGAGGUCAGCAAGAACGUCAUCUCCGCCUUCGGCCUGUCUGAGGAGCCCAGCGCAGUCCCUGCUGUAGCUGCCCCUGCAGAGGAACGUUCUGGAACUCCUGACAGCAUUAACUCCGCCUCCUCUGCCCCCCCACCAGCUGUGGCCCCCCAGGCCCCCGCCGCCUACGCACAGCCAGCAGUGGACGGUCAGAUGUAUCAGCAGUAUCAGGCCCCAGGUGGAUAUCCCCCCCAACAGCCUGCAGCCCCACAGCAACAGCAACCACAGCAGCAGUAUGGCAUGCAGUACCCUGCAGGUUACACUCCUCAGCAGCAGCCUGGAGCCCCACAGCAGCAGCAGCAGCAGCAGUUCCAGAACUUUCCGCCGCAGGCCCCCACCUCCCAGGCCCCCGCCCCAGGGUUCAGCGCUGGCCAAUCACAGCCUCCCCCUCCCCAGGGCGCCGCCCAGUACCCCCCAGGGGCCUUCCCCCCGCAGAACUACACUUCCCAGGGUGCACCUCCGCAGCAGCAGCAGCAGCCAGCCAAUUACAGCCUGCCCCCCACCUCUCAGCCCGCCCCCGGCUACCAGCCACGCCCCACCUACACCCCCCCACCUGGUGCCACGGUAACCCCCCCUCCCGGGGGCUCCAACCCCUACGCCCGCAACCGGCCCCCUUACGGAGCGGGGUACGCCCAGCCCGGCCCCGGGUACCGAUAAGACCACACACACACACACCAUACACACCCAGCCCGGCCCCGGGCACCGAUAAGACCCCUACACACACACACAAUACACAUCCAGCCCGGCCCCGGGUACCGAUAAGACCCCUACACACACACACACACACACACACACACAAUACACACCCAGCCCGGCCCCGGGUACCGAUAAGACCACACACACACACACAAUACACACCCAGCCCGGCCCCGGGUACCGAUAAGACCCCUACACACACACACAAUACACAUCCAGCCCAGCCCGGCCCCGGGUACCGAUAAGACCCCUACACACACACACACACACACACAAUACACACACACAAUACACAUCCAGCCCGGCCCCGGGUACCGAUAAGACCCCUACACACACACACACAAUACACAUCCAGCCCGGCCCCGGGUACCGAUAAGACCCCUACACACACACACACACACACACACACACACACACACACACACACACACACACACACACACACGAUACACACCCAGCCCGGCCCCGGGUACCGAUAAAGCCCCCAACACACAGUACACACAAUACACACCCAGCCCUGCCCCGGGUACCGAUAAAGCCCCCUACACACACACACACACACACACACACACAUACACAUGCACACAUAUGCACACACACACACACACACACACACUCUGAUGACCUGAUGUUGUCAGAAGCGCUCAUGUGAGCAUCCUACCCCAUCACUCUCCAACCAGCCUUCAUAUCUGGCCUCACCCCUCCCCACACACACACACACACACACACAAGCACCCCUUUCCCCAUUAAUCUCAUUUUACUUUGUGUGUGUGUGUGUGUGUGUGAGUUUGUUUGUUUGUUUGUUUGUGUAUGUGUUUGUGUGUGUGUGUGCUUGCACAUAUGAGAGACCAAACAGAAUAGAAUUUGCGUGUGUGUGUGUGUGUGUGUGUGUGUGUGUGCUCACUUGGUUGGUGCAAGCUGGGAGAUGAAUGAGAGCAGUGUAAACGUGUGUGUGUGUGUGUUUUUUGUUUUGUCCUCUGUCCAUCCAUGUUAGUGUGUUUUCGUGUGUGAGUGUGCGUUUUCAGUUUUGUCUUCUGUCCAUCCAUGUUAGUGUGUUUUCGUGUGUGUGUGUGUGUGUGUGUUUUAUUGCUUGUCACCCUGUCCUAACGCACCCUAAAUUGUAACAGUUGAAACACUAGAGAAUGAUCAUUGCGCAGGCCUAGUCCUGCCUUGUGAAGGAGUCUCUCUCUCUCUCUCUCUCUUGCUCCCUCUUUCUCUCUCCUCUCAGUUGUUUAUAUCACUCUUUUAUCUCUUCUCCUCCCCUCUUUGUGUCUGUUCAUCCCUCGCUCCCAGUCUUUUCUAACCGCUGCAGCUGUCUGCAGUCGCUGUAGGACUUUCUGUUAAAACUGUAACUGUUCUUUUUCUUUUCUCAAACUAAAUAAAGGCUUUCAAAUGGAA